AUGGGUGAUACAAGCCAGAAAAAUUCUUACGGAACUGAGAAUGAACAUAUUGUUAUUAAUCAUGAGAGCGGAAAGGAACGUAUUCGUUUGGUCGAUGAUGAGGACUUGGCAUAUAUAAUCUGGUCUCAGGGAUUCAAAGUAGACCUCCCAAUUGUAAUGGACACAUGUAAGUUUGAUAAGAUGAAGACACUCUUCGACUUGAAGGCAGACGAUUAUAAUGAACUACCUACUUUUGCUGGAAGUGUUAAGGAUACGCCAGAAAAUAUCUGA